ACACACACACACGCACACACAGGCGGACAGACCACAACCACAGAGAGAAACCAAGCCGACCCGGAGAUUCCCCAUCUUCUGGACCUCCGUUUCAGAGGCAAAUUCCGCGAUGCCUUCAAAUCAAAGCGCUCAAGGAGGAAAAGCCUUUGGGCUGUUAAAGUCCCAGCAAAGGGAGAAACUGGAAGAAAUAAACAAGCUUUGUUCACUCUGUUCUCCUCUCCCACCCCAGGAGUACAUGGAAGACCAGAAGUACAGAGACGAAGAUGACCUGGCUGAGAAGCUGGAAGGGUUCAAAAAUAAAUAUGCUGAGUUUGACCUCAACGACCAAGGAGAAAUUGAUAUGAUGGGCCUUAAGCAGAUGAUGGAGAAGCUGGGGGUUCCAAAGACACACCUAGAGGUGAAGAAGAUGAUCUCGGAGGUGACUGGGGGCAGCAGCAGCACCAUCAACUAUAGAGACUUUGUUAAGAUGAUGCUGGGCAAGCGCUCUGCCGUUCUUAAACUAGUUUUGAUCUUUGAGGACAAGGCCAAUGGUGCUAGCUGUAAGCCGGAUGGGCCCCCUCCAAAGCGAGACAUUGCCAGCCUACCGUAAGACCCGAUGUCCACCUCAAGACUACUAACUGGCUAUAGGGCCCAUCCAUGGGCCCUACCUUCCAGGCCCUAGCCUCAUCAGUUGGACAUAUGUACAUAGCCUUACCAAGAGUCCAACCUCAGAACACCAAGUCCUUUGUGGCAUGGGGACGAGGAAGAAGAUUCUUUUAAUUAUAUAUAUUUGCUGUGAAAAGAAAAAAAGUUGAAACAAAAUUAGCUUUUUUUAUCGAAAGUACAUACAUGUAUAUAUUUAUAUUGAUGAUGAUGAGAAACUGCAUAUUUUUAACUAGUCUUCACACUCGUAACCCUUGCAGUAACUGUGUAAUUGAGCCGUCACGUUAAUAUGAGCAGUGUUGUGGUUAGCGUGGGACCAGUGAUUGCGGAUGUAACGUUGUGAUUUUCUGACUGUGUGCAAGUCCAUUUCUUUGGAAGCCUGAGCCCACGACACACUAAGUGAUGUUUGACUGUGAGUGAUGUUACUCAUCUUGUUUUUACCAUAACUGAAAUGUAACACUGAUACUUGUACGUGUAAGCUGGUUGACGAACUGAAUUUUGUAUUAGGGGGGUUUCAUGGUUGUUUAAGGGAAGACUGAUUUCUGCUUUGACCCACUGUAGUGAAGCUCAGAAUCCCUCACAGCUUAUUUUACACUCCUCCUCCCUCACUCCCUGGGUUCACUCUUGGAAUUAGUGCAAGUUAAUUUAUGCUUGGUUGUUUGAUACUUUUGACAUAUGUUGCUCAAUAUAAUUUUUGCUUUUUUUUUUUUUGCAAGAGAAAACUUUCUUGCACAUUUUUACUAAGUGUUGUGCACCUCCAGGCGUUUUGCUAACGCCUGUAUAGCAUUUGAUUGGGAAUCCGAUUUUAUUGACAAAAUUUUGAUUUGAUUGCCAGCUGUGGAUUGCAAAAAUCAUUUCAGUGUUGGAUGCUGAGUCGUUACCAUGGCAACGACGGAAACCUUCGCCAAAUCGUACAUUCCAGAUGUUGGUUAACACACCCUCAUUUCUGUUUAACUGCUGCUGUCAAAGGUGUUAUGCGACCAUAGUUGUGAAAUUAACCUUUAUUAUCCCACUUUGUUAGAGAUUUGAUAUUUUGAUCAUGUUAAAAAGGCAUGCUUUUGGUGAAGCACAAGCAAAAUAAAGCACAUCUUUUUCUUACACACUUUGUACUGUCCACAGUUGUCCUAU